AACCACGCCGCACUUCAGUCAUCAUCACCCCAUGUAGUACGCCAUUGAUGCUCUUACUCUCAGCAUUGUUGGAUUCCCGCCAGACACCAUUUUCAAGGGUUUGAUAAGAACUUCGUUUCUUUUUGACUACUGAGGGGAAUUUUUAACAUAGCUAUGGACUCUCCUAGGCGGAAAGAUUCUCCCUCAGGGAAUUAUCGCCAUCAUAAGGAUAGAGGACGUAGUAGAUCACCUGGACACCGCCAUCAAGGACGUCGUUCUCGUUCUUAUGAAGAUGAUAGAGGAGACAGAAGACAUCAUGACAGACGGGAUAGAGGUGCGGAGAGAGGAGGAGAUAGAGGAGGUGAUCGCUACCACAGCCGUUCCAGAUCUCCCAUGUCAGGCAGGAAACGCCAUAACAACAUGGGUGGCAGUCAUCGUGGUGGAGGAGGUGGUGGUGGAGGAGGAGGAGGUGGACCACCAGAUAAUCCAGAACCUACCCGUUGCCUUGGUGUAUUUGGAAUGGGACUGUAUACAACAGAAACUGAAUUACAGCAUGUGUUUGCUAAGUAUGGUCCUCUAGAGAAAGUACAAGUUGUUAAAGAUGCAAAGACUGGCCGUUCACGAGGAUUCGCCUUUGUUUACUUCGAGAGUUUAGAAGACGCAAAGUUGGCGAAAGAGCAAUGCACAGGCCUAGAAAUUGAUGGUCGACGCAUCAGGGUGGAUUACUCAAUUACUCAGCGACCCCAUACUCCUACUCCAGGCAUCUACAUGGGAAGACCAACCAUAACAAGUGGACGAUACGACAGGUAUGACCGCAAUGAAAGAGGAUAUCGUCGGUCACCUUCGCCCUACUAUGAGAAAAAUUAUCGUUCCAGCCGCCGGGGAUACGAGCGCUCACGUUCGCGAUCCUAUUCACCACGCCGUUAUUGAUGACAACCGAUGAAAAACGGAUCCGUUUUUUUGUCCUUUUCUUCAUUCUAAAACCAUUAGUUUUCCCGUCUUUUAAAAUCGGAUUUUUUUUUCACCCAACCUAGUUUUUCACGUGGGCAGUGAUUUUUUUUUUUAACCCUACAAAUCCCCUUUGUGUGUGUGCCCCAUUCCCGAAAUUCAUCCCUUCAGGCACUUAAUACAAUAGUCGGUGUGUCUG